AUGUGCUGUUAAUAUUUAUAUAAAUAUUUACUUAUUUUUAGAAAUUUUUUUCUGAGUAUAUUAAACACAUAUUCUCAUAUUCUACGUUAAAAAUUUAGAUGUUUAUGCUCGGAGAGAAUUUUAUAAUAGAAAUGAAGAAUAGAUCGACAUUAUGCAGUAAUUUAUUAUUCUUUUGUUUUCACAUGCGUUACUUAUAUUUCAUAAAAUGAGAUGUAGGAUUAAAACAUUUAUUAUGUUUUUAGCAAAAUUUGUUAUGUUAAAUAGCAAUAGCUGGUGAAAUGUGCAAUAUUCCUUACCAAGAUAGACUUUACUGACAUUCUGCACUACUAUUCCUGCACUACUAAAAACAUAGUGAAAUGAAAAGAAUUUCUAUAAAUGAAAUAAUUAUAAUAUUCUCCCCAUGUAAUUAAAGACUAACAAGAGUGUCCAGGAUUAGGUACGUGUUCCAGCAUCGGUACUUUUACUUUAACUCGCAUUCGUUCCGUAUAUGUGUGUAUCUGACGCGUACGCGCACGUUAAUUAGCAAAAUAUUUGUCGAUCGUUAUCAUUAUGUCUAUAUAUGCGCAUAUAUGUUUAUGGAUGCUACAACGAAUUGUUAAUUAAACUUAUCGCGCACAAAUGAGUGCAGCCGAUCUUUGAUCAUUUCUCUUUAACAAAUAACUGAAAACUGCACAAUUGUAUUUAAUAUAUAAAAUUACAUUUAUACUUGAAAAUUACAUUAUAUUUUACAUUAUACUUUAUGCAAGAAAGAAAGAACGGAAAAAGCGGUUAUUGGCGUCAAUAGCUGGGCGUAUAUAUUUGCGCAAAGCGCGCGUUGGCAUCUCGACGGCAUAUUUCAAACAAAUUAAUUAUUGCCGUAAGCUACGUGUAAGCUCUCGCCGCGGAACGUAGCUCGCUUAUCGAACUUGCGGAUAGCAAAAUGUUUCGAGUUCGCAACAAUUAGCGCUCUUGCGCGAAAGUCCUGCGAUAACAUACUAAUACCCAGUAACUCCCAACGCGAAAUGAUGUUUGACGUUUUCGAGCCGCGUAUUACUGCGAGGCCGCUCGAACUUUGCCGAUACUCCGAGUCGAUUUGGAAACUGGAGAUGCUGGAGGGAAAUGCGAAUGAAAUAAUCAUGAGGGAGGAGGGAAGAUGUUCUUGCGUUACGAAACCUCCGUUACUCAUAUCGUUUUAUACAUCUUUUGCAAUAUUAUCCUUGACCGAACGAUACAUUUCAAGAGAACGAGACGUUUUGAUGUGUAAUAAUUCGUAAUUCGUAAUAAUUCGUCGACUCCCUCUUCUCGCGAAUUACCGUGCGCGACUCGUGACUUCCUCAUUUGUUACCAUGAAACGGCCCCCGUGUUGUAAUCGCGUAUAAUGCCAAGUGCGCGAGGCGGACAAUGAGAAAACGGCACGUCGUGAGCCGCAUCGGUAGGAGCACGGGCCUGAUGAUCGUUAGGAAAGCGACCGGGAUGCGUUCCGGCAGGCGACUUCGAAAGUGAGGCCUCGAUCACGUUUCGUUCGAUGCCGGGCUCGGCGCCGGGCACGUAGACGCGGAUACACUGAGCUUUGUUUUCGUCCUCUUUUCCGUCCGAUCUUACGACGACGUUGCGGUCCGAAUCCCGGCACGUUUCCGCGGCGGAAUCCCUGCUAAGGUCGUGGCUGCGCCGUACCGUGGCGAAUACUUGGCGUUAUUGAAAGACGCCGGGGCUUCCUUGCGGAAAGCAGAAGUUUUCUCGCGCUCAUCGACGCGCUUGUCGCUUAACGUUUUACGACAGUAUAGUAGGUUUCCAGCUGGAUAUAUCGGGGUAACUUCUCCCACGGGACGUCUCGCGUAUAUCGCGGGAUUAUGAGCGAGAAAAUCUCUUCGGCCAAGAAAACUGGUCUUUUACAACAGAGAGAGAGAGAGAGAGAGAGAGAGAGAGAGAGAGAGAAAAGGAGAGAGAAAGAGAGCGCAGCGCGUCGAUAGAAAAAUAUUCUUCCGAAAUAAUAUUUGAACACGUUGUAGCAUUGAUUUGAAAAAUUUUGUUAAGCGACGCUUUGUAUGAAUUUUGCAGACGAGUCUCAUGGAAAUUCGCAACGCUCCGAAAUUGUAGCCACAUGUCAUUCGCGAAAUAGGUGAUUGAUUUUCGGUCAACUUCAUUUUGCGGAGCACGAUUUUUCUGAUAAGUUUCGAAAGUCAAAGCGAGAGCCAAAGCUAACCAAUAGCCAAAGCGAAACGAUAGCCAUUUCGGAGAUAACGACGAGUCGUGGUGAAGCCGCGACGUGCAUAUUAAAUGGAGCGAAACGCUGUGUAUUUGCGUCGAUAAGUGUGGACACGGUGUAUUUAAUUCGCGCGCUAAAGUAGCGGCUUGUCGAACCGCCUCCUCGGUCCAUAAUUCAAUUUCGCUAGUUCUCUCCCCUUCUCUCUCACUCGCUCACUAGGAAACUCAUCGAUUUCCUGCGCUCGUAGCUUCGCCACCACGAAAUUCGGUUAAGGCCGGGCGAAUCGCGAUCGCGAAUAGGAAAAGCUGAUUUGAACGCGCGCGCACACGGAAGCAGGCGACGAAUCUCCUCAGUGGCCGCAGCGCUCGUUAGAGUCGGACGAAAGGAGAAAUUUGCGCGCGAACGAUCCUUCGACAAAAAGGAAUGGCGAAGGAAAGAAAAGAAAAACACGCCGCGCCCGCGUUUAUUGGCGAUCGAGAGCGCGUCGCCGCGCGAAUAAUCGCGCAACAGCGAUCGAUGCAUUUACCGAUGCGUCGUGUGUCCCCGACGUAUUCCCACGUUCCCCGUCCUAAUUCCGAAGGCGAAGCGCUUGAAUUCCGAAGGUAAACAGACUAAACCGUUGGCCGUUAAAAGGAUUUACAUUUCUUUUAGAAAGGCGGCAUACGCGCGGGUACCGCUUACGUAAAACGCACGCGAGUAGAGAGCGCCCACGAGAAUUUCCGCCGAAAAUACUCCUCGACAUCGGGACUGACGCGCGUUUCCCGUUUCGCGAAUCUAUUCCGAACGAUUCGACACGCGCGCGCGCGUCGACUUCCGGUAGAUAUAACCGAAAAUAUCAUCUCACGAACUGAAGUUCGCGUCGUACUGUUUCCACGUUUAAUUUCCGGUGCGGGGGUCGCGUUGAAAGGCGCGACGAACCGUUCGUUCUUCGACCCAGGACGAAAGGAGGAAUAAAGAAGGGCGCGUCGAACGAGUGGAAAAUUCACGAUUGGUUAACCUACUUCGUGGGAGCGAAUCCGGUUGUCCUAGAAAUCUUACUGCGAUUUUACGAUGCGACCCCGCGAUUGAACUUGCGCGGCGCGAUAUUGCGUGUUUCCGACUGCGGGAAUUUCGGAUUUAGACAGCUUCCUCGAAGCGCAGCGCCCGCUGAAGUUAGGAAUUAAAUUUUCAACGAGUUCGCCAGAGGACAACUUCGGGAGAGUAGGGGGCAAUAUAAAAUCACACUCCGAAUGUCGGGAAAGAGAAAAGCGGACGCAACAUACUUUAGCUAAAUGUUCCGUAAGCAACGACUUUGCUUGUCAAUCGGUAACCCUUAUAGUUCGGGCGGUUUUUUCAGUGACUUUUAUAAUCUUUGAACUAGAACGUAUAGUCAAAGGAUAGACUAAUGAAAAAACCUCCGCGGCAUUACGAUAUUCUCAUAUCGUAUUGUAACUAUUUCCCAAAUUGAUUUUUAUGAUUUUAUGAUUCUCGAGAUCAUAAAAGAAUAAGUCAGACUCAUCAUCCUAUAGUCAUUUUGAUGUCAACAUGACGUGGGUUACAUUUUUGCCUAUAAUACCACAAUUAUCAUCUAAACAUUCAUUUUUACUUUUUCUUAUGAAAUUUUAUUGCGCAUAAUCUCAAUUUAUUUGAUGUCAAUUUUUCGUCAAAUUGAAUUAUUUUUUUGACGCAAUGACAACAAACGACGGUUUUGAUGUCAUUUAAUGUCAUUUAAUGUUUUAAUGUAAUAUUGAUAUCGUUUUGACUAAGCAGCUUUCACUGGAGUGUGUCUGAUAAAAUAAAGAUCGGUCGUGUGUAGAUUGGGUGUGUAGAUGUAGAUUGGGUCAUCAAAUUGUCAGACACCCUGUAUAUGAUAAUAAGAUAAAAGUCGAAAAAUAUAGAGAAGAAAAUGUCUAUUAUUAUACUUACAUAAAUUUCAAAGUAUAUUAUUAGCAAGAUGUUACUAAAAAUUUGCACGAUGAAAAUGCAUUUGUCUUUUUUUAUUUCUUAUUUAAAGCGUUUUUUAUAUUUUUUUAAGUUUCCUUUUACUAAUGUAUAUGGAAAAGGUGAAUAAUAAUAAUAAUAACAAUAAUAAUAAUUGUAGUCGCAUUUCACAAAAUUGCUGCCGCGUCACUAUAAUGGUUUCUUAUAUUGUAAAGAAUUAACCACGAUGCGCAGCGCGACGACGCGUUUUUAUUUCGGAAUUUCUCGUCUCAUCUUGUGCAAAAAAAAAUCGAGAUUCCACCGUCCCGCGCUCGCGGGGAUUGUAGAUUUCGAGUCGAGGUCGCGAUCGUGCAUCCACCUCUAGGGAAGGGGGGUUGCACCUGCGGGGGUUGCGACGGACGCAUCGCGUCGCGGGACCGGCGAAAGCGUCUCCCCCGCGUCGCGACGACCGCGGCGAGCGGAGGAUGAGAAGAGGAGGAGGGGAGGAGGUUAGAGGAGGGGAGGAGAGGACAAGCGUGCAGGUGAGGGAGCGAAAGAGAGAGCGUGCGAGAGGGAGACGUGGGGCUGAGAGAGAAGUCGCGAUUGGUUAAGCCGCUCGGAAAAGCCCGCCUGGCUGCUCGACCGGCCGGCACUUCGCUCAGUUCUCCACUGCGCUCCGUGUGAAGCGGAGCUUUCGAGAUCCACGCUCCCUCUCUCACCCGUCGCGAGCGGCCGCCGAUUCGCGAGGGUUCGUCCCUUCGAUCGGGAUCCCGUGCGAGUGCCGGUCAGGAAGAAGAAGUCGUCCACUCACUCAGGAGAGAUCGCUUGCGAAAGCGACUCGGCGGUCUUCGCACCGAUUUACGUCCGGGAGGAGCUGACGAGGGGAGAAGAGGAGGAUUGAGGAGAGCGACGAUGUGCGAAAGGAAACCACUGCGAGUGCUUCAGGACGCCUAGAUCCAGAGGACUUGAACGAUAUCCCGGAGUGACAGCCGCGAGGUCGUCGAGAAGAAGCAGCCGCGGAGGAACGCCUGCGGGAACGAGAUUCAGGAUAAUCAUGACGAUGCGAUCGACCGGACUGUCCAGGUGGCUGCUGCUGGCGGGACUUUUGUGCUGCUCGUCCUGCCAGAGCGUACCGUCGUUCUUUGAGAAUAAACCCGGCCAGAACUUCAGCCGGCCGCGGGUAUUCUCACCCCGGAUGGACUACGACGAGUGGACGCCGCUGGGCCGCGGCGACCCGCUCAAGAACAAUCCGACCUUCGACUAUGUCCCUCCCGUUCUCGACCGGGUGCAGUACUGGUUGGAUUCGCACACAACCGAACCCUCGUCGAAGCGCGAUAUUCUCGUGCUGGGCGUCACCGCGAAGAAGACCAGCCCGAAAAUACCCGAACAGUUCCUCCAGUUCGUGGACGGCCCGAAGUUCACGCGAGCCGGCCAAGACGCGUCGUACAGGAACGAAUUCACCGGCAGCAACGGCGCCGAGCCGCCUAAGAUCGUGCGUACCACCAGCUUCAGGAAUGGUCUGAUCGACUACAGGAAUCAGAACCGGCUGCAGUCGCUGCCGGCGAGUUACUACCCGAGCCCGUAUUACGGUCAGAAGAUGAAGCCGUACACCAUGAUGAUGCCGCCGCCCAUGACCCAAAAAGCCGAGACGUCCACCAGCUACAACGCCGGCGUGUCCAAGGACAAAGUGAUCGGGUACGCGGACACGUCCCAACCGUUCAAUACGCAAACGGAAGAGGGGCCCCUUCUUCAGGACGCUCAAUAUCACGUUGCACCCUCCAAGGAUUACGGAUAUUACUCUCCCGCGUCCUCAUCGAGACCGUACUCCACCUCAAAGACGCCGGCGAACAAGGGCGUCUCGAUAUCUCAGGUUGAGACUAUCAAGAGCAUCUACGCACCAACCGCAUCGCAGAGCACCAGGUCGAAAUACGAAGCGACCACUGCGCCAUCCGUGUCCUUCGAGAAGUCGAACCUGAUCUAUCAAUCGACGCAGACUCUGUCUGGUGGGUGGCUCAACAAUAAUGGGCCCACUUCGUCGUCCUCCACUGGGUUCCCGGACUCGAACCAGGUCACAUGGCAGACUCCAGAUUAUUCCAAAGACCAUUACGAGGUGGAUUACCACACCGCAGCCUCGAGCAAUCACGAGGUCGUCGUCGGGCAGAACGCGAACAUCAUCGUGGACGGUAACAGUAAUGAAAACGAGGAGGUUGUUGUGGGUCAAAAAGAAGUCAGCACCGAGGCAAUGUCCUCAACUUCGGAGAGCGUCGUGCAGACUUCCACUGCUACCUCCACUAUUACUAUGGACUCCGCUGAUCAAGAAGGGGAGCGAGGACAGACGGAGGAAACUGUGACCGAGACGCAAACGUCACAAAAGAUGCACAUCGUUCUCGCCAACUCGCCCUCUACUAUAUCAAAUUUGGAGACGCACCAGGCGAAAAAGGGUCCCGUAACCGUUGUGAUGCCGACGAACUAUGUCGAGAAGAACUCCUCCUCGAGUUCGUCUGAUUCGUUGACGACUCUCCACAACUCCUUGACUAACCCCAUCACGUCCGAGAUGACGAAAACGACUCAUCAAACACCGAAGGCGCAGUCCCAAACGACAAGAAAUACGGUGACGAGCUUACCGAUCGUAGAAAAUCGUCCGUCCGUUACCCCCGUGUUGACUAAGAUGAUGCCACCCUCUCAGCUUCCUCAUCAGCCACCGCAUCCACCUUCUGCUCCGGUAAUGCCUGUCAGGCACGUCGGCGGUCCUUUGCACAUAUUCGUGCCUCCGCAAGCGGCCUCCCAGUCUAUGAUGCAUCCUCAGUCCAGACCAAACCAUGCCAUGAUGCACUUCAUCGGUAGCAUGCGCCCAGGCUUUCGGCCGUCCUCGUCGAUGUCCCAUAUGUCGCCUCCUAUGGCGCACAUGCACGCACCCGCCAUGAAGACCAUGAUGGGGCCUCCACCGAGCGUGGAACAGUCUCACCAACGACCGCCGCAGCCGUAUCCCGUGACGUUCACCAGCCCGCCGUCGCCGACGACAAUUAGUAUGCAGACCACCGAGUCUGAGCAGUCGAUCGACCAUCGGCCAUCUCGAUUGCUCGCGACAGUCACAAAUUCGAUGACUACCUCGGCAGCCCCUUUUAUUCCGACGGUUCCGUCGACCAUGGAAUAUGCGUCUACCGUGAACAUUGAUCACAAAGAGAAUAUAAAACUCCAAAAUCAGACGCCAUUGAUGAAGAUCCUCAACACUGAGGAGACUUCAAAGACAAAACCAACACUCGCGCCAUCAUCGACUACGUCUCCGCGAACCACAACGGUGCCCAGUCUGACCACUGAUCCGAUCUUCUCGCAUUACAAACAGCCGGACAAACCCAUCAGUGGGCCGAUGUAUCACAUAAUUCAGGGUCACUCGAAGGUGAAGACCUAUAAGCCCACAUUGGUCAAACACUCUUUGCCGGUGGAGAACAACGAAGUCGUGGAGAGCAUUACCAAGCGACAGAUGUCCAAGUUGGAGCAGCUGAUCUGGCAAAACACGAAAAACGGCGCCACCGAUCCGGCCGCCGAGAAGAGGAAGCUCGAGGAGAAAGCUCGGGCCGAGAAGCGCGUACCCUUACAACAACACGACAACCUCAUGAGCCUCGUGGAGAGCGGCUUGGAAGGUUUCACCGUGUCGCCCUCGAACCCCGCGGUGACGGAGGACGAGCGUCGCGCCAAUUCGGUCACGAGCGUUGAGAUCAAUUAAUGAUCCGCCGUUUUGCGACAGCAGUUCUCCUAGAAGAACCAAGCUUGUCAGGCGGAUCGUGGUAGGAGGACACCCGCGCGGACUCCCCGUCGCGGCGGCGGCGAGGGCGGGACGCGGCAGCCGGCAUCCUCAGUAGGGGUGAAAAAUUUUUAGGGAUGAAAUCGACUUAUUUGUUGCUAUCCACGCUGCAAGUCGUUGGGUGAAAAUCAAUAGCCGAAAGUCAGACUGGACGUCGGCGAAAUGGGCAUGGAAAAAGGCCCUGUGGCCUGGUCUUGCACAACUUUUUCCAACGUGAGAGCUACCUGGGAGAUGAGCGUAAACUUUAACACGCCGGUAAAUGAGGCGCCGAAUUUACGUUGUCUCGUAUUGAUUUUUAUUUAUCGUUCCGUGAUACUCUCUGAGUGCCUCUCUUUAUUAUUUUUCUUUUUUUUUUCUCUUGCACAUAUCGCGCUUUCGGACGGCAAUUCGCGGCGUUCGUAAAUUGACGACUAAAUUACACAACGCCGCGAGAUGAACGGAGAGAUUGUCGUAUCAAUAAUUUAUUUGGUGCAUCGAAAUGACUCGAUACGCUUGCUCACGCUCAUUACGUAUCAUUAUUAUGAUUGUUACGUCUGUGCGCAUAUUUUAUCAUCAUGAAUAAUUUAAUCCGCAGAUAAUUUAUUAUUUAUUUCGCUUAUAAUGUAGGUUAUCUCGUUUAAUUUAAUUUAUUUAUACGUAUUUAUACGCGCCCUGUAAAUGGGCAUAUGGUCUCACGACAAUUUGAUCAGCAUCGUGCGGCAAUCGAAGCGAGAGAGAUCCGAGACAAUUAGUAACGCAAUUACCGGUACUUUUUUUCACCUUAGCGUAAUGCGCUUACCACCGCGAUACAGGCUGGUCAUGAAUCCUUGCGCAUGCGAAUUCAUACACAAUGAGAUCGACCCAGCGAUCUGAGGUUGACUUUUAUCGCGAAUAAAAAAUUGUAUCUCCAGAUUGCUCGUAAAAUCGUGUUACACGAAGCGCGCGCGUGGAUUUCUGACCAUGCCGUAGUUUAUCAGUGGGCACACGUGGAAAGAUCAGUUUUGUAAUAUCUUUCGAUGUUCGUCGCGUCCACAUUUAUCGUCAUCGUUGCGUUCACUCGAGAUCAGUGAUCGUCAUUCACGAUGGAGAAAGGGGAGAAAAUGAAAAAGAAAGACAGGAAAAGAUAAUCUGUGAAGAAAUCUUAUAAAAAAAGAAAAAUAUAUGAAAGAAAAGAGAAGAAAAAGAAUACUCUCGCUGCCACCAUAACAGAGGCUCAACCAGGCGGUUCUCCGUGUCCUGCCAUGCUUUCAUCCACGAUGAGAAAAGCGCGCCAAUUUCAUAUGUGCCAGUAGACAUAACGUUACGUGCGUAUAUACGUGGAUAUAUAUGGCAUAACUAUAUAUAUGUGUUACAUCGCGUGUCUGCGCGGACUAAACGAUCGCUCGACGAUUUCGAUCACACGCGUACGACUGUCGUACGACCUAUUUGUAUCCACAGUUAUCAGUUACAGGAUAUCGCGAGAGUACGCGAGUCAAUAUUCGCGUUUCACUCGUGUUUCACGCCACUUGAGUUGUUCGGCGCUUUCUUUCGCGAUCUAAAUAUUGAAUGAACUCUCUCACAUCACGAUUUAUUCGUCGCGGAUUUAUUGGCCUGCAGCUAUCCGCAGGCAGUUAUCACCGCUGUGGCAGUAAAAUCGCGUCUUGGAUCGGCUCGUACUGGUCCGGGCGAUCGUUUGAUUGUGGCGCAGACGCGAAGCUUAAGUGCUAUAAGCAUUAAACAAUAUUAUUUAUUGUAUGACAUAGUUGAGAGCAGGUACAGGAUGUCUCAAAAGUUGCGAGUUCCUUCGGCGAAUUCGAAGCUGACUUGCGCUUUGCUAAAAACUCGGGUUGUAUCGGGUGCCAUUCUUUGCAACUUUGUAACCUUCGACCUGAAACAGUUCAACGACUGCGUCUUGAUUAACAUUGAUAUUUUGUUAAAAUAAAUUUCUCGCGUGAAAUUAACAGCGAGCACUCUAGUCGAACUUUGAGUUCACCAUUAUCCUGCAGGUUCUAUCGAAUUUAAAAAACUAGUGGAAAACUCAGAAUAUAUGUGACACUAUACAGGUUAUAUUUCAUAAGUUUAUGUUCCAUGUUGGAUCUUUGUUUUAAAGCUACAGUGAGGAUUUAUUUAAGAAUUAUUUAACAUUGAUUAUUUCUAUUAAUAAUUUGCAUUUAAUCUUUCUCUUAAUUUUAAUGUAUAAUGUAUUUGUUACGUAACUCACUCAACUGCAAAAAGAGUAUUGCGAUAAACAAAUGUUGUAUAAAUAAGGUAAGAGAAAUUAAUGGGUGAGUGGACAAGCAAACAACAAAGUUUCUUCUUUCAGAUUCUUUUAUCAUUUGAUUUUUAAUUAUUUUUGGCAUUAAAAAUUUUGGUAGGGUUUAGAGAUUCAAAGGAAGUGAAACAGAAGUUGCAAGCUUCGUCGCUGACUUCUACUACAUCCUGCGUCCUAUAUUCCGUCCUGGAGUAAGCCCUCAAUCGUUAUCGUGAUCAGAUGUUCAAAGGCCCCACUCGGAAAAGUAUAAUUCGUUUGGAAACAGAACGUUAACUAAUAAUCGUACGUUAAAAAACGAUGACAAUUUAUGUUACAAUACGUUUCGAUAUGUACCUCGCAUACAAGCUUGAUAAUUUGAUAAUUUACCAACUGGAGUAAUUGAAUCAUUCUUGACCGUAAUGCUGUGAGAGCGUCGUGAUUUCUCAGCCACCGAGUAUGUUUGUUAUUGUUCGUGACGUUGCGCGAUCGACGCGAGUAACUUUGACGGUUGGGCAGGUAUCAAUUGUUUUGGUACUCUCGCGCGUGUCGCAUAUUUGCCCGUCACCUAGUCAUUACGUCUCAAGCCGACGAACGACGCGGAUACCGCGGAGCACGUGCGUCGCUUUUUUUGUUUACGUCGUCGGGUGAGAUUAAAAUAUUUCGUCAAUAUUAUAGAGGAUACUUGAUCGGAUUUUCUCGUCGGCAUCGCGUUAGUUACGAUUGUUGUCGGGUGAGAUUAAAAUAUUUCGUCGAUAUUAUAGAGAAUACUUAAUCGGAUUUUCUUAACACGUAUUUCUUCGAUCGAGUCGUAUCUGCGCGAGUGUCAUUAUCGGUGAGUGAGUGUUCGGAAGCACGAAGGAGACAGGAGCUGGAUGCUGGGUCGGGAAGCCAGGACGGAGGACGCAGGAUACGGGCAGCGAUAUAUUUCCAGGUGUGUGAGAUUAUUUAUUACACAAUACGUUCUCGACUUUAACUCACUGAGAUAACAAAGAGAUAUCUCGAGUUAAAAUCUAUUCUACGCCGAACGCUUCUAAAUCGUCAUUGAUUGAUAAAUUAUCGUAACUCUAAGAACUUGUUAUUAUUCGUUAAUUAGUAACAGAUACUUCAUACAACAAGAAAUAUCGAUACAAACAGCUCAAUAUGAAUCCAUGAGUAUUUAUAAUUAAUUAUUCUCUCAAUCAAAGAUCGUAAAUAUCUAUCUGAAUCUUGAUAGUGCUACGAUUUGUUUUCCGAACUUUAUUAUCUACUAGCUUAGCGAGUUUUAUUUUCAAUCUGCCAAUAUUUUACUUUUUAUUUUCACUUAGCUUUAUUAUUAUACCGAGCUAUAUUAUUUUAUUACAUUUAAGUACUUAUUGGUAAUCAAGCCGGCAGCAGACAAAAAACGUAAACAAAAAACAAAUUAAUCGAUUUCCCUUAUUUUAUUAUUCUCCAGAAUAAUCCAAGAAUAAUCGAUUGUCGUUGAGUUAAUAUUCCUACUAUUUAGGAAUCUCUUAUUUUAGUAAAACUCUUACUAUUUACGUUAUUCUUACGUUUUUCCGUAUACCGCUAUAUUAGUUGUUUAAUAUUUGUUUAUCGCAUAUAUUAUAUUUGCAGUUGAAGAAGUUAUAGAAUUAAUAAACUAUUAAUUGCGAGUAAAUAUUAAAUACACGUAGAAUAAGAGAUAAUCAAAUAUUAAAUAAUUCUUGAAUUGCUCCUCUCAUUGGAGAAAACAGCAAUAUUUGCAGCAUCAAGGUAGAAAAGUAGCCUGUAUGACGUUACAUUUCGAUAUUCUCCGUUAUGAUUCUUCAAAUUCGACGAUAUUUGCGGGAUUAGUGUAGAAGCAAAAUUUCUACUCGGGAUAUAACAUAUUCGCAUCUUCGAAGUUCAACGCGCUAAAAUUUCCAAUUGACACUCCGUUACAACGAAGCGAACGUUUGAUUUAGGUAGGCUCGCAAAGUACAGCUUGUGGCGACUUUUGAGAUAUUCUAUACGCAUACGAUGGUUGUAGAUGUUAUCACAAGUUGAAUGUUAAGAAUAGGCUUUUAUUUAGUGUUGUAUUUAUUGCGCUAUAGAUAUAGGUCGAGAAGAGAUAGAAAGUCUCAAACGCACCGUAAACGAACCUUUCGUUUUUCUCUUUAUCUUACACAGAGAGAAGAUGCGACUUCGCGCACUUUUCAACUUACUUGACGCACAAAGGGGCGUCCCGCGCCCACGAAUGUAUGUCACGCCUAAGUUCAUUCCAAUUCGGCGCUCGAUGCCAAACUCGAGGCUUUCCGUUCUCAAUAGAAUCUCCGGUUUAUCCACACUACGGUCUACUUAUUUAUUGCAUACACCGUCGUCGUCCCACAGGACUUAUUCGUUUAUCGUAACGCCGAUCGACGACACUACGGAAUCUCUCUCGGAUUUCAUCAUUCUCACGUAGCCAUCGUCGUUGUCUCUCCCGCGGUCCGAUUUCCGAUUCGCUCCUCGAACGAAUCUCGUGUCGAACGGUGUCGCGAGUUGCAAAAGGACACCGAGCUUUCGCUGUGAAAUCGAGAGGAUGGCGACAGCUCUCCAUCCGCACCGGUCUUCACGUUUCCGCGGACUUGUAGGAGGCAGACGGUCUGCUCGAUUCGCGUGUAAGGCAAACCAUCACAUUCUGCCUAGACGCGCCGAUGUGAAACUUACAUUACAUUAACACUAGUCUUACAACUUACCAGUUACCAAACAUAUCGCGUACGCACUAACACACAAAUCACCGACUAUAUCACGAUCCUUCUUUUCGCUCGUAACGAUCGUAAUUAGGUGUAGUCGUGGCUCAUGGAGCUGCGCGCACUCACACACGCAAUAUGCUAUAUAAAUAUACUCACGCAUAUACAUAAAGUGUAUAUAUAUAUAUAUAUAUAUAUAUAUAUAUAUAUAUAUAUAUAUAUACACAUAUACACACACACAUAGGCAUAUACACGACGUAUAUAUACGUACAUAUAUUAUACGCAUACGUAUUUAUAUAAAUAAAUUCUACGUACUCGGCGAUGUGUGUGAAGGAGAAGAGAGGAAGGGGGAGCGCUCGCCGCAUCGCGCGAUCACUCUUUAUGCACUAGGCGUUACGUUUGCACGCGCGUCGCCUAAUCGCGCGCAUUAAGUUUACGUACGAUAAAUUGUACCUGACGGUCACGCGUUCUGUUGAUUCUUCUGUUUUAUCAAUAAAGCAUCUUAUUAUCGAUCCGA